UUGUCGCGCCGCUGAUUACGUAAUGCCGCGGUGGCUGAGGCGGUUCCGCUGGCUGCUCUGUGCGCGGCGAGCGAGUCCUGGUGCGGCCAGCUCGGCUCCUACAGCGCCCGAGACCCCGGUCCCGACCCCAGCCGCGGCCCGGCCGCCGCCUGAACAUGGACUCCGCAGGCCAAGAUAUCAACCUGAAUUCUCCUAACAAAGGUCUGCUGUCCGACUCCAUGACAGAUGUCCCUGUCGACACCGCGGUGGCCGCCCAGACUCCUGCUGUUGAGGGUCUGACGGAGGCUGAGGAGGAGGAGCUUAGGGCUGAGCUCGCAAAGGUGGAAGAGGAAAUUAUCACUCUGCGCCAGGUCCUGGCAGCCAAGGAGAGGCACUGUGGAGAGCUGAAAAGGAAGCUGGGCCUCUCUGCCUUGGAGGGCCUGAAACAGAACCUGUCCAGGAGCUGGCGUGAUGUGCAGGUCUCUACCGCCUAUAUGAAAACCUCUGAGAAACUUGGCGAGUGGAAUGAGAAAGUGACCCAGUCAGACCUCUACAAGAAGACUCAGGAAACUUUCUCUCAGGCGGGACAGAAGACGUCCGCUGCCCUGUCCACUGUGGGCUCUGCCAUCAGCAGAAAGCUCGGAGAUAUGAGAUGGGACGCCAUCGCCGCUGCACUGUGGGACACCUGCUUUGGCCACCUGAGCCGUGCUGUGGUAAGCCUGGUGACAGACUGAUCACAUGCCACUGGUGGCCUGGCCUUGCUCCCAGGGGUUGCCAUGGAGGGCGUGGGGGGGCCAUCCCAGCGCUGCUUGGGUGAGCUGUGUGUGGGGUUGUGGUCCUUUCCUCGAAAUGCUGGUCUGAUGACGGAGCAUUUGAAGGAAGCAAUAAAUGUGUGCUGUGCCUAAAUUACAUUCUCACUAGGAACGUCCCUGUCACUUCUGGCAUGAUUCACUCACGUCGAGCCUUCUCCCUCCCUCUUGGGCGCGUGCAGGGCGUUGGCACUGUCCAGAGCUCCCGCGGGCCCUUUGGACGGUGCACCUCACUUCUCUGUCUCUGCUUCAGUCCCGCUCUCUGCUCCGGGAACUGGGGUGUGCUGCUGACCGAGGCGAAGAGCCUCAGGUCACGUGCCCCGCCUCACUGCCGUGUGUCACGUUUGCACCCGUGCUUCCAGGGACAAGAACCAGGUCCCACACAGUCGAGGUGCUCAUACGGACUGGCCUGUUGGCUGGUGCGCCUCACCAUGGGGCUCUUCGGUUUUGCUCUGCUGUGUUCCCAGGGGUGUGGGGAACUCUUGACGUCUUGGGGUCAGUGAUGUGUCCACCGUUGCCUCACCCCGUAGUCUCAGGUUGAGCUGAGGCUGAGAAUUCACCACUUCUUGAGAAUGCAGAUGAGGUCCAGGGAGGUUUCUGUGUGCUGAGAUGUUUGCCCUACAUCACGGUGCUGCAGACGCCUAUCCGAGAACAGCCCGGCCUGGGAGGCUAUUUGCAUGCCCUGGGGUAGGAGGUGGCAGGCCGGGAGAGGAAAUCGGAUUUGGGUCAAAGCCUGGGUUAAAGGAGGGGUCUCUGUCUAGCUUGGUGAGCCUUGACGAGGCACCUGCCUUCUCCUCCCACCAAGAGAUGGCAGGGCCUGCUGCCCACCCAAGAGACCACAUAAUUGAGUCUCAUAUGAUCUUCUGAAGGCUUCUAAAACGACUUUCAUGUUGGGGGUAGCCUCCAGAGCGUGAGCAGGCCUGGCUGGGUAGUGGAGGACAUGGCCGUAUUGCCCCCAGACACGCGUGUUUCCAGGUUGGAAUCUGCCAGCUGGAGUGUGGAGCUGGAGUGCAGGGCGCUCAGCCCCGUGGGUGUCCCGGCCAGUCCUGUCAUAGCACGCACGUGCGCACCCUGGUUCAGCCGAAGCCCUGAGGGUCGUACAGCCCGCCUCCGCACACCCCACCCCUUUGCGCUGCUCCUCUCCUUGGGGCUUCAUCCCUCUAAUUCCAGACAGGGUCGUGGACACGCAGGUGCCUCGUAUGUGACCCAGGUGGGAUCGCAGAGGGGCCAGUUGCGUGCGUGAGGGAGCGGCGGCCUCUCACAGAAUUGGGGCUUGAGGAGAACAGGGACCGGGGUGGUCACGGGGGUCCCUGCGUGGCCUUCUGGAGCUUGAGUGAGGGGCUGGGGUGGGCACUAGCCUCCCUUUCCUA